CCUCAUUGUUCAGUUGUACAUUGGAACACAGAACAGAUUCCUUAGAGUCAGAAACCGCAGAAGUCUCAGGGCACAUUCGAUGAAGAGUCUGGUCUACAGUAUCGUGCUGAAUGCCGCCAUUGUGCUGGCCAAAAAGUCGGUGCUUUCUGUCGGAAACAAAAACGGUGGAAUAGACAAUCCGAUCGACGAAGCGCCAAUUGAUGACAGUCCGGACAUCAACUUGCCCGACGACAAUAACUUAGACGACGUAAACCCAGUCGCAGAGGAGAUAUUCUCGUCGUGGGCGUUAUUCAUUGUCUUCUUCUUGCUAUGUGCGGCAUUAUGGUCCUCAUACUACUUGCAACAGAGGAGGAUCAAGGCGAUCCACGAGACAGUCUUGUCGAUUUUCUACGGUAUGGUGAUAGGGUUGGUUAUUCGUGUUUCUCCUGGUCACUACAUCCAGGAUGCGGUCAAGUUCAACUCGAGCUACUUCUUCAAUAUUCUUCUUCCUCCCAUCAUCUUGAAUUCGGGUUACGAGUUGCACCAAGCCAAUUUUUUUCGAAAUAUAGGUUCAAUCCUGACGUUUGCCAUUCCAGGUACGUUUAUUAGCUCGAUUGUUGUGGGAAUCAUCUUAUUCAUUUACACGAAGUUGGGAUUUGAGAGCAUCAACAUUUCAUUCGUUGAUGCCUUGGCAGUUGGUGCUACGUUGUCUGCCACAGAUCCGGUCACCAUCUUAUCCAUUUUCAAUUCCUACAAGGUUGAUCCUAAACUAUAUACGAUAAUUUUUGGUGAAUCCUUGUUGAACGAUGCGAUCUGCAUUGUUAUGUUCGAAACUUGUCAAAAGUUCCAUGGAAAACACGCUCAAUUUUCUUCCUUCUUUGAAGGUAUCUCACUUUUCUUGGUAACCUUCACGAUAUCCACUUUGAUUGGUUUGGUAAUGGGUGUCUUGAUUGCUUUGGUUCUCAAGCAUUCUCACAUACGCAGAUAUCCCCAAAUUGAAACUUGCUUGGUCUUGUUAUUUGCCUAUGAAUCAUACUUUUUCUCUAACGGCUGUCAUAUGUCAGGUAUUGUAUCGUUACUUUUCUGUGGUAUCACUAUGAAACAUUACGCUUAUUACAACAUGUCUCGCCGUACCCAAAUAGCUACAAAAUACAUUUUCCAAUUGCUUGCACAACUAUCGGAGAAUUUCAUCUUUAUUUAUCUUGGUUUGUCUCUAUUUACCGAAGUGGAAUUGGUUUUCAAGCCCCUUUUGAUCAUAGUCACAUUUGCUUGUAUUUGUGUUGCAAGAUGGGCUGCAGUCUUCCCGCUUUCAAGAUUUAUCAACUGGUUUUCACGUAAUAGAAAGCAAGCCCGUGGAUUGACCUCUUUAUCUGUUGCUCAAGAUGAAAUUCCUUAUAAUUAUCAGAUGAUGCAGUUCUGGGCUGGACUAAGAGGUGCUGUCGGUGUGGCAUUAGCCAUGGGUCUUCAAGGAGAGGCAAAAUUUGCCUUAUUGGCAACUGUCCUGAUUGUCGUCGUAUUGACUGUCAUUUUGUUUGGUGGUACAACAGCUGGUAUGUUAGAAAUGUUAAAUAUCAAGACAGGAUGCAUUGAAGAAGAUGUAAGUGACGAUGAAUUUGAUAUAGAAAUGCCCGCACACACUCCAAAUGCCAAUGCAGCAAACGCUUUGAACAUGAAUCUGAACUCGGCUUCAAGCUCACAGUAUUUCGACAAAUUCAAUAUUUCGGGCUCGAGAUCCAGAGCACCUUCUGAGGAUGAAAUGGCUGUUCCAAAUUCCUUGGUUGAAGUUGAGCUUCCUCAAUCAUCCGCUAACAACCUUGCCUCGUUUCCCAAAUCUUCUUUUGAAAUGACAAAUCAGCUAACUUCACCUGCAAUAGAUUUGAAUGCUAGUGUAGGUGCAGCUGGUAGCGAGAGCAUCCGACAGUCUCCGUCUACAAACAGUCCCUCAAAUUCUGGUAUUCAUUUGAGUGAAAUAUUCAGUGUUGAUGAGCACGCAAAAUGGUUUACGAAUUUUGAUGAACACGUUUUGAAGCCGGUUUUGUUGGACUCACUUCCUGCAGAUGCUACGAAAAACACAAAUUCUGAGCAAUGAUGUUCGGUAAAAAAAAGUUGAAAAGCUAUGGAAAAUCUGUUUGUAAAUUAUUACACGAACUUGUGAAUACGUAUUUAUAGAGAAAUAUACAUAUCUUCAUCUCUAUCACCUAAUUAUGUAUUUUCAUAUACAGCUUGAUGUACAGACAAAAAACAAUAAGUCGCUACAUGCGAAUUGCACUAAG